UGUUGACGAAAAAGACUGGGAGUGGCUUGUAUCAUACUUUGGCACUCCAGACUUUCAGAAAAAGAGUCGCAGAAACAUUGAGAAUAGGUCAUACCUUGAUGCCGGACAUACGGCAGGAACAAAAAGUUUUGCACAAAAAGCACAAGAUAUGUUUGAACGUGACAAGGUAAUGCCAGGAUUAUUGGAAUUGUACGAGGAGACUCAUACUAGAAGCGACAAAACACCUGUAACUCAAUCGGCACAGGACACCAUGAAUGAAAUUAAGCAGCUAGUUGAGCAACGAAACAAUUUGGAAACAAAAAUGACUGAUGAAGAAAUCUAUGCAACAAUUAAGCCAAAACGCAAGCCAAGUGCACGUGAUCGACAAAAAGGGAUAAGUCCCUCAGUGACAUCAUUAUUUGGGUCAUUUAGUGAAGGAGAAAAGUUUCGCAAAGAGGCUGAAGCAUCCAAAAAUGAAGCUAGUGAGGCAAAGAAGGAAGCAAACGAGGUAAAGGAGAAGAACGAAGCUCUAAGUAAUACAGUGAGAGGCCUCGAAAAGAAAUCUAGACUUAUGGAACGCGCCCUAGAAGCCUUCAUGAAUUUGGCUGGAUACAACAUGUCCGAGCUCAAUAUGGAUGCGUGGACCGAUGAAGAGGAUGAGGAAGAGCUAAUUCAAAAGUCUGAGAAAAAACACAAUGAUGUUGAAGAUUAAAGAUAUUUGUUAGAUAUCAGUAUUAGAGCUGCUAUGAUGUUGUUGUUCUGCUUCUGCUGGUCUGCUGUUGUUGUUCUCCUGCAGCUGCUAUGCUGUUAUUGUUCUGC